AUGGCAGCCGAAGGCCCCAGAAAAGCGAUUUUGAGAGCGCGGGCGGCAGCCCCACCCCAGGCACAGUCACAUUCGUCGCAGACAUCGGAUGCGGUCCCCGGGAGGCCGAAGAAGUGUCUGGUCUACCCGCAUCCGCCCAGGAGCUCCCGCCUGUCUCCGUCCGUCCUGCGCUGGCUGCAGGGCCUGGACCUCACCUUCUUCCCCAGAAACAUAAACAGGGAUUUUUCCAAUGGCUUCCUGAUAGCAGAAAUAUUCACCAUCUAUUACCCCUGGGACCUUACAUUGUCAUCCUUUGAAAAUGGAACUUCUUUAAAAGUCAAGCUGGAUAACUGGGCCCAGUUGGAAAAGUUCCUGGCCAAAAGGAAAAUUAGAUUACCCCAAGAACUAAUCUAUGGAACGAUUCACUGUAAGGCCGGAGUACCCGAAAUACUGAUACAAGAGAUUUACAGCUUGUUAACACACCGAGAAAUUAAAAGCAUCCAGGAUGACCCUGUGAACUUCACAGACUAUAGUUACCAAAUGCAACUGCCGCUGCUUCCCAGGUCUACAGCGUCCAAGUUUAUUAAAGAUAACAUUAGGUCAUCGGAAAUACAAAGUAAUCCCAGCAUGCUCAGCAACGAACUUAAAAUCGAUUUCCUCUUCCUUUUACAAAUGUUGCAAAGAAAAUUAAGCAGAAAGUUGAAUCCAAAAAGGUUCAACGUCAGACCCACCGUGGGCGAACUCACCCUCGAUUACCUCCCGGGCCAGGCCUGUCUGCGCAAACCUAAGCCAGCGACGCCGACGCAAAGGGUUGCUCCUGUUCUAUCAAAUAUAGGUGACGUUGGCAGUUCAGUUAAAACGAUUUAUGUGAAGCAGCCUAGAAUACCUUCUUUUGAAUCUAAGAUACAACCGCCACUAACCAGGAAGUAACCUGGAAAAGGACCUAAUGGAUUUGAAGAGAUGCCACCACCUCUUGCUGUGUUAAAGGGAUAGAACCGCCUACGCUGGCUCAUAUUUCAAUGAUAAGUAAAUUAAAGUGGUGUCUUAUCCAUAAUUGGGCUAAGAACAUGUUUUUUUCAAAUCCAUUCAGCAACCAUUUAUUCAAAAUACCUGUGCCAUGUACUGUUGAAACUGCAAAGUCAAAUUAAUUAGUACAGACUGAACAAAAAUUAUUUUAAAGGUACAGUUACACAUAAUUCACCAUGACGAGUAAGUUAUUUCUCAUAAAUUUGGUAGGAAUGGUGAAUCUCCUUUGUAAUAUCUUUCUCGUUAGAAAUCAAAAGAGUUACUAGUUUGCCUGAUACUAUUUAUUUCACAUCACAUUUAUAAAUAAAAUAAUUUCUCUGAACGAUUACUAUACACUGGCCUAUAGAAAAUCUUGCCCAACUCCAUUAAAAACUGUAAACGUUUUUAAAAAAUGGGUGUCCUUCCUGUUGAUACCAGUUAUGGAGAAGAAAAAUGUUUUACUUAGAAAUUGGUUCUGGUGUUUAGCAAUCCAUUUAAUUCAAUUAAAAAAUUCCUACUGGUUCUGCCAUCCCCCACAUUUGUAUUGCAAGGAAAAGCAGGUUGCUGUCCUGUGGGGGUGGGGGUUGGAAGAUGGAUGGUUUUUGACCUUGUGUUAAGCACUCUCCACCUUGAGUUACUGCAUUCUCGGAAUCCUAGCUGGGGGGCAGAGGGACCUGGCCCAGGUGUACUGGGUGCUUUAUUUGCAUGUGAAUAAGGGUUUGUUAUCUUUUGGC